AUGCUUUUGCUCAAGCUGAGCGCAGAAAACAUUGGACGUUUGUUGUUGAAGCUGCCCACAGCAUCCGACGGGACGAUGACGCUACAUAAAAGAAGGAAUUUUUUUCUGAUCGUAAUAUCGGUGAUUGUGAUCACUCUUAUCUACAAUGAAUUCCUCGUUUAUUACUUAACUAUAGCGCUUGGAUGCCAAUGGUCAGCACUGGUUGAUCAAACUAAGCCUGUAUCCAGGAUUUUUGUCAUUGCAGAUCUACAUCUUCUUGGCAUAUAUCGGGGACACUGGUUUGACAAACUGCGAAGGGAGUGGCAAAUGUAUCGCUCAUUUCAGACAGCGGUUCAUCUUUUGACUCCUGACGCCAUUUUUUUCUUAGGUAGCAUAUUCGCUCAUAAACGUAUUUCCGUAGGUGACCAGUUUGACGAAGGUUUAUUGGGUCCUGAUAUAGUGUUUAGCCAUUAUGCUGAUCGGUUUGACCAGUUGUUGUACGUUCCAAAAGGGGUUCGUAGAUUUGUGCUUGUCGGUAAUCACGAUAUUGGUUUCCACAACGAGAUCUCACCGCCUCGACUACACCGUUUUACCAGGACAUUUAAUUCUAGUCUUGUUUCUCACGUUAUGCUUGGAAACAGUCACUUUGUGUUGAUCAAUUCUAUGGCUAUGGAUCGAGAUGGUUGUCGGUUAUGUCAAGAGGCAGAAGCCCAACUAAAACAUCUUAAAAUUCGUUUUGAAUGUGCAAAAAAUAAAUCUUCUAAUUGUAAUGAAGGCUUCAGUAUUCCAUACUCCAGACCUAUCCUGAUGCAGCAUUUUCCACUUUUCAGAAAUGACGACAAAGAAUGUGGGGACGAUCCGGAUGUUGCUCCAGAACCGUUAAGAUCUCAGCAGUUCAGGGAAAAGUGGGAGUGUCUGUCACGCAGUGCGACGGAGCACUUGCUGAAAGCACUGAAUCCACGAGCCGUGUUUGACGGGCACACUCAUUACGGAUGCAAGACUUGGUGGCCAGAACCUUACAAAAUGUGGGAGUGGACAGUAGCAUCAUUUUCAUGGAGGAAUACACCUCAACCGGCUUUUUUGCUACUAACAUUAUCAGAAAAUGAAUUACUAGUAAAUAAAUGUUUACUUCCCAACGAAUUAACGAUUAUCUGUAUAUAUGUAGUUGUUGCUUCCUUGUGUUUUUGUUACAUGGUUUACAUUGUAGCCAAAUGUUGCAAGUCGCCAAAACAGAAGUACCCUAAGUAUGAACUGUUGUCUGGGAAAUUUGAUUAA